CGGCUACAAUAAUAAUGUCCACACCAGAAGUAAUAGCCAAGCACGACAAGAGAAAACAAUCCGUGGCCGCGGUCGUGGGAUUCCAGAUGAAGUUUGACAAGUUUAAGGAGCUCUUUUCUAACAUCACCAACUACUGUCCUAAAGACAUGCCAGGGGGCUGUGAAUACACCUGUAACGAUACAGAGUAUAUGAGCUGUUACUUGAUUGACAACAAUGGUUUCGUAAUGACGUCCAAUGAUGUAGAAGAUUAUGGGACGGGUGAUUUUUUUGGAUUGGUGGAUGGAUCUUUAAUGAAUGAGCUUAUCAUGCAACAUAUUUAUGAAGAAAUCAAAGUAACCGACAACCAAGGUGUGUGUGAGGUACUUGCCAGUGAUGGGGAAAGUUCAGCUUCAUUCCUUAUGAAUCCUUUAAAACAAAUAUUUAGCUGGAUAACCUGGUCAAUUGCUAAAACUGUUCUAUUGUUAUCAGAAUGGAACUUCUAUAGUUGGAUUAGUAACAGUUUCCAUGCAAAAGCUGAAGAGUCUGAUUAUGAUGGUUUUGUUGAGAAAAAUAUUGUCAAGUUUUAUCACCGAUUUACCGUCAGUGCUGACCCAGAGAUUGGCCUUGGUCCGAUGGAAGACAAAAUCAUGUAUUAUGAAGGUUGUGAUAAAGAAGUGAAACUCUAUAACUUUAACAUGACAACUCUGAGAAAAAAGAACACUAUUGUAGACACAAUUACUGGGUGUGGAAACUGCAGAAGCUACACACCAGGGACGUACGUGGUUCGCUGGCUGCAAGAUACCAAUCUGAUCCUUGUUGUGGCAGCGACAAACUGCAGCUGUGGGUACAAUGAAGAGUUCUCCCUCGUGCCAGAAAAGAUCAUCUAUAUCCUUUUGUUUUAAAACCAUAUUUUGGUGUUUAUUCUUGUCAAAAACCAUUUAAAACCAUA